AUGCCAGGCUCCCACGACUCGUUCAGCUUCUACAUCGAUGAAUCCUCACCAGUGGGGCCAGAGCAGACGGACACAGUCCAGAACUUUGUCUCCGUCUUUGGGACAGUGGCCAAGAAGCUGAUGAGGAGGUGGCUGGCAACCCAGAGCAUGAACUUCAGGAGCCAGCUCCAGGCUGGCAUUCGCUACUUUGACCUGCGCAUCUCCACCAAGCCCAGGGAUCCUGACAAUGAGCUCUACUUUGCUCAUGGGCUUUUCAGUGCCACAGUGAGGGAGGGUCUGGAGCAGAUCAAUGCCUUCCUGGGAGAGCAGCCGCGAGAAGCUGUCAUACUCGAUUUCAACCACUUCUAUGGGAUGCAGAAAUGCCACCACGAGACGCUGAUCCGGAUGCUGAGGGAAUGCUUCCAGGAGCGACUCUCUCCGGUUAUCUUUGCCCAAGAGGUCAGCCUUCAGUAUCUCUGGGAGAAGGGCUACCAAGUGCUGGUCUUCUACCACAACCCAGCAGCACUGGAAGUGACCUUCCUGUGGCCAGGCCAGAUGAUGCCAUCACCCUGCCCAAACACCACUGACCCUGAGAAACUGAUCCAGUUUGUUCAGGCCUCCAUCGCUGACCGUCGCAGUAAGGGCACCUUCUUUGUCUCACAACUGGUCCUGACGCCUAAGGCCAGCACGGUGAUGAAAGGGGUUGCCAGUGGACUGAGGGAAACCAUCACAGAACGGGCUCUCCCUGCAAUGAUGCAGUGGAUUCAGUCACAAAAACCAGGGGAAAAUGGAGUGAACAUUGUCACAGCAGACUUUGUGGAGCUCGGAGAUUUUAUUAGUGCUGUCAUCAGACUCAAUUAUCUCUCAGAAGAUGACACAUCCAAUGCAACUUAGCAAUUCUCUCAAUGUCCCCUCUCUCUAUCCCACGCCCUUCAAGUCAAUAUCCCGUUUGCUUUGAGCAGUGUUCCUGAUCUUUGUGUAAGGGCCUAGCCGUUAGCUGUCAGUGAUAAAUUCUAGCCACACUCUUCCCCUUGAGCACUGGGCGAGAUGGAGAUGUUCCAGAACCAUCAUCAGCGCUGCUCUGUUUUGUUCUGUCUGUCGGACGAUAGUACAAUCUCAGUUUUACUCAGUUAGGCUGAGACACUGUACCAUCUCCAAAGGCCAGGGUCAAACUGACCAGCAGCUGCUGGGAGCUCACACAUCCCUUUAACCCAGAGAGAAAUAACCUCGCCUUCGAAACCUGGUUGUGGGCCUAUCCCCAUUCCAUCACCCCCACCCCUUUCAGCCAGACCCUCUCCACCCCACAUCCUAUAGGAACAUUGAAAGGUCCAAUUUUCUCAGGCUUAAGCUACUGACUGCCUAA